CAAACACUAGACUUCAGAGAAACUUUACCAAAGUCCUAAGAAUCAGAUAUGUGUUUGAUAAAUAAAUAUCAUUCAUGGGCUGAAAACUGUGAGUGUGAGAAUAGGACUAAUUUCAUCUGGAUAACCUCUUGGAAACUGAUUUUUUGUUUUGGAAGUUACGAGAAAAUAAUUUGUUCCAUUCAUAAGCGGUGUGCCCAUGCAUGCAUAUGUAUGUGUAUUUCUGAGCUUGUGACUAAUGAAAUUAUACAAAAGUAUUAGCAGCAACCAGAUCUUAUGGAGUACUGGCCUGCCUGUGGUUCUCAAGAAAAUCUUAGAUGCUUUUGCUAAAAGCAGUUUGGAUUCUGCGUAUUUAAAUCUGGCAUUUAAAAUGUCAAUAUAGGUGAUUAUCUUAGUUAAGAACAAGCUCCCUUUAAGAACGUAGACAUUUACAACAUGAACUAUGUAUUGGAUUAUAAAACUUCCCUAACAACUGAAGUCGUUAAAGACAAAUGAUGGAUAGCUUACACAAGGAAAAAUUGCAAACACUGAAAGAGAAUAUGCUCCUAUUUGUGUACUAGCAAAUGAGGAUUCAUGUUUCCUGUCAAUUUCAGUAUGAAUAAUUCCAGCCUAUAAAAGGAACAGACAAUGAAUGAAUGAGUUAAUUUGAGUUGUUUGAAAAUAAGAAUGUUUUCCAUAAAGAGAUCACUGAACUCAUCAAUUAACAUGCCAUGGUGAUUUCUGGCUUGACAGUGGUCACAACAUUUAAAAGUAAAAAGAAUGAGCAAGCACAUUCACAAAUUAGGUGCAUAUAGAAUUUAAGGUCAGGAUAUUCAAGCAAUCACAACCAGUCAUAUUUCAUUGAGAGGUGAAGCCAUCUGGACUUCCUGGGUCGAGUGGGGAUUUGGAGAAGUAUUCUGUAGCCAUCAUGGGGAUUGUAAAGUGCACCAAUAGGCGCUCUGUGGCUAGCCAGAGGAUUGUAAAAUGCACCAAUGAAUCCUCUGUAAAAGGCACCAAUCAGCGUUCUGUAAAAUGCUCCAAUCAGUGCUCUGUAAAACGCACCAAUCAACAGGAUCCAAAAAGUAGCCAAUCACAGGGAUGACUGAAAAAGGGCACUCUGAUAGGACAAAAACUGAACAUGGGAAGGGACAAAUAAGGGAAUAAAAGUGGCUGUUCCAGCCGGCAGCAAAAACCCAGUCAGGUUCCCUUCAAUGCUGGGGAAGGGUUGUCCUGUUGUUCUUCACAAUAAACCUUGCUACCGCUCAGUCUUUGGGUCCAUGCUAUCUUUAAGAGCUGAAACCUGGCUACCGCUCAGUCUUUGGGUCCGUGCCAUCUUUAAGAACUAUAACACUCACUGCAAAGAUCCGUGGCUCCACUCUGGAAGUCAGUGAGACCACGAACCCACCUGCAGGAACCAACUCCAGACACAACAUCAGCAUUUAAAAAUUUUCUUUUUGUCUAUUGAGACAUGAUAACUUUUCUAUCCAUCAUUUUUUCCAUUCUAGUAGUGGUUACAUUUGUUAUUGGAAAUUGUGCUAAUGGCUUCAUAGCGUUGGUAAAUUCCACUGAGUGGGUCAAGAGACAAAAGAUCUCCUUUGCUGACCAAAUUCUCACUGCUCUGGCGGUCUCCAGAAUUGGUUUGCUCUGGGUAUUAUUAUUAAAUUGGUAUGCAACUGUGUUGAAUCCAGCGUUUUAUACUAUAGAAGUAAGAACUACCACUUAUAACGUCUGGGCAGUAACCAGCCAUUUCAGCAACUGGCUUGCUACUAGUCUCAGCAUAUUUUAUUUGUUCAAGAUUGCCAAUUUCUCCAACCUUAUUUUUCUUCACUUAAAGAGGAGAGUUAAGAAUGUCAUUCUGGUGAUGCUGUUGGGGCCUUUGCUGGUUUUGGCUUGUCAUCUUUUUGUCAUAAACAUGAAUCAGAUUGUACAGACAAAAGAAUAUGAAGAAAACAUGACUUGGAAGAUCAUAUUGAGGAAUGCGAUUUAUCAUCCAGAUAUGACUGUAACCACGCUACAGAACUUAGUACCUUUCACUCUGACGCUGAUAUGUUUUCUGCUGUUAAUCUGUUCUCUGUGUAAACAUCUCAAGAAGAUGCAGCUCCAUGGCAAAGGAUCUCAAGAUCCCAGCACCAAAGUCCACAUAAAAGCUUUGCAAAUUGUGAUCUCCUUCCUCUUGUUAUGUGUCGUUUACUUUGUGUCUGUAAUUAUAUCAAUUUGGAGUUUUGAGAGUCUGGGAAACAAACCUGUCUUCAUGUUCUGCCAAGCUAUUAGAUUCAGCUAUUCUUCAGCCCACCCAUUCAUCGUGAUUUGGGGAAACAAGAAGCUAAAGCAGAUUUUUCUUUCAGUUUUGUGGAACGUGAAGUACUGUGUGAAAGGACAGAAGCUUUCAUCUCCAUAAAUUCCCAAGAGGGGCAUUGUGUGUCUUCUAGCAGAAAACAAACUGGUGGUGUAUGAAACAUUUUCUAUUUCUUACUGUGUUUUCUGUAAUGUAUGUGUAUGAGUAAUUUCCAGACAUAUACCUAGAAAAGUCUUUCACCUAAAAUUAGUCAAAAGAAGUAUACGUGUGUGUGUGUGUGUAAUUUAUAUGAAAAACUUAAGAACACUGACAAUAACAUAUGCUUUUUUUGUUUUUUCACAUGAACUGCCAAAUUAUACAAAAUAUGACAAAAAUUACUCAGAAUU